AUGUUGAACUGCUCAGGAACAGCCGGGUUAGCGCUCGUAGAAGCAACAGCAGGUGCUACCGCAGGAGCAGCGUUCGAAGCGGGAUUCAACUCCAUGGCGGGAGGAGAAAUUGCUGGCCUCCCCAUGUGGAGGCGGCUCUGUGUCGCCACUUGCCCCCGUUCGCCCUGGAACUCUCUCUGUGCUGCGCUGUUCACCCUGUGUCCCCCACCCCCUGCUGCCCCUCACCCACCCUGUGUUACCCGCCAGGCUGACCUCCCCCGCAUGGCGGCUGUGUGCCAUCGCUGGCGCCCGCUCGCCCUCGACCCCUCGCUGCUGACCUCCCCCGUGUGGCGGCUGUGUGCCGCCGCUGGCGCCCCGCUCGCCCUGGACCCCUCGCUGUGCUGUGCUGCCUUCUGCCGCUCCCACCGCCUGCUCUCCCUGCGCCUCCCCCCCUCCGCUGCCCCAGCACCACCAACGCCAGCAUCAGCAUCAGCACCAGCAUCAGCAUCUGCAUCAGCAGCAGCAGCAGCAGCAGCAGCAGCAGCAUCAGCACCAGCACCAGCUGUAACAGCAGCACCAGUGCCAGAGGCAAAGGGGGAUAAGCUAUCAUCCCCUCUCCUCCAUUCUGCUUCCGCUCCUGCAGUGCGCUCCUGUGCCCGCUCCCACCCCCCUCCCCUCCCCUCGUCCCCCACUCCUCGCACCGCCCGCCGUGGCCCCCCCUCCCUUCUCUCGCUCCUCGCCUCGCCGGAGUUCGCUCUCUCGCACCCCAUUGGCCGCACCGACUCCAUUGCCAGCCUGGCAGUGCGCUUCCACGUGCAGGUGGGUCACGCUGACACGUGGCAUCCUGAUGGUGCUGCCACGUGGGAUGCUAUGGACAUCCGCCGGCUCAACAACAUCAUGAGCGACCAUGCCAUCCACACGCGCACGCGCCUCCUCAUCCCCAUCCCCCCCUCGCGCCGCCCGGCUGAGCUGGUGCGGCGGCACUGCGCCGUCCAGUUUGAUUCGCACGCGCGGCGGGAGGUGCUGCUGGUGUUCCAAGAGGGGGACGAGGGGGAGAUUCGGCGAUCGUAUGGAGAGGCACGGAACAACAGGUGCUUAUAG